AUGGGGGGAUAUGGGGUCAUUAUGGGGAGUUACGGGGUCUCUAUGGGGUUCCUAUGGGGGUUAUGGGGUCCCUAUGGGGUAUACGGGCUCCCCAUGGGGGGAUACGGGCUCCCCAUGAGGGGAUAUGGGGUCUCUAUGGGGAUAUGGGGUCCCUAUGGGGUUCCUAUAGGGGGUUAUGGGGUCCCUAUGGGGGUUACGGGGUCCCUAUGGGGGAUAUGGGGUCAUUAUGGGGUUCCUAUAGGGGGUUAUGGGGUCCCUAUGGGGGUUACGGGGUCCCUAUGGGGGGAUAUGGGGUCACUAUGGGGGGAAAUGGGCUCCCCAUGGGGUUCCUAUGGGGGGUUAUGGGGUCCCUAUGGGGGGAUAUGGGCUCCCCAUGGGGUUCCUAUGGGGGUUAUGGGGUCCCUAUGGGGGAUAUGGGGUACCUAUGGGGGGAUAUGGGCUCCCCAUGGGGGAUAUGGGGGUUAUGGGGUCCCUAUGGGGGAUAUGGGGUCCCUAUGGGGGGAAAUGGGCUCCCCAUGGGGUUCCUAUGGGGGGAUAUGGGGUCCCUAUGGGGGGAUAUGGGCUCCCCAUGGGGUUCCUAUGGGGGUUAUGGGGUCCCUAUGGGGGAUAUGGGGUACCUAUGGGGGGAUAUGGGCUCCCCAUGGGGGGAUAUGGGGGUUAUGGGGUCCCUAUGGGGGCUCCAAGGGGGCUAUGGGAUACCAGUGGGUCCAGGACGGGCGGGAGCUGCCCCACGGCGAGGCCCAGAUCCGCCUGGCGCCCGUCCGUGCCCAGGACGCCGGGACCUACAGCUGCAAGGCCACCAACACCGUGGGCACCGCCAGCUCCCCCGACCUCCUCCUCGACGUCCGCUAUGCUCCAAGGAACCUCUUCGUGGAGACCUCGCCGCCCGGCCCGGCUUUCGAGGACAAGGAGACGACGCUGAGCUGCCGGGCCGAUGCCAACCCCCUGCCCCACCACUUUGAAUGGACCCGGGACGGGCAGAAGCUGCCCCACAGCGAGGCCCAGAUCCACCUGGCGCCCGCCCGUGCCCAGGACGCUGGGACCUACAGCUGCAAGGCCACCAACACCAUGGGCACCACCAGCUCCCCCAACCUCUUCCUUGAUGUCUACUACCCGCCCCGCGGGGCCACCUUGGAGGCUCUGUCCUCGCUGCCGGCGCUCGCGGGCACCCGGGUGAAGCUGCGCUGCGCCCUCGGGCCGGCCCGGCCUCCCGCCGGCCCCGCCGUCCGCUGGUUCCUCGACGGGCGCCACGAAACCGACACCGCCGGCCCCACGUUGGCUUUCGACGCCGCCCCCCGCCCUGUCCCCUGUGGCGGUUUCCAGCCCCCCCAUAAUGGUUUCCAGCCCUCUCACGGUGGUUUCCAGUCUUCCCAGUCUUCCCGUGGCGGUUUCCAGCCCCCCAUCAUGCUAUUUGGCUUCUUCGUGGCAGUUUCUAGCCCUCCCGUGGCAGUUUCCAGUCCUCCCAUGGCAGUUUCCAGCCCCCCGUGA